UGACAGGACAUGUGUCUCUAUAUCGAAAUGAUGUGAAACAUAAAUAUGGAAUUAAAAAUUAUUUGGACUGUUUUAUUUGUCUUCGGUUUCUUAUCCUGGAAAGUAAAAGCAGGCCAUUACAUGACAAUAAGUUCCGGCAGAAUGACUUGGCUAGAGAGCUUUAGUUACUGUAGCCUUGCUUCUGAGGACAGUAUACAAUAUUUAGUUGACGGAGAAUACAGAGGUUGGGUUGGUGGGAUUUAUUUAAACUCACAGUGGAUGAUUCAUAAAGGUUGUUAUAGCAAUUCUGGAGCAAUGAUUAAUAAUAGUGUCUAUGACAUUAAAAGGUUAACACCAACACUUUGUUCAGAGAAAUGUAAAUUGAUACCAUAUUUUGCAUUGAAAUACAACUGGUGUCUUUGCCUACAUUCUCUUUACAAUUUGAAUGAUGCUGAUUCAUCAAAGUGCACGUACAAAUGUCCAGGUUCAAACAAUUAUGUAUGUGGAGAAAGAUCUCAUUUUACAGUAUACAAGCACAUUACCGGAAAAUUACAACCCAAAAGUGAUGUCGAUCAAAAUCUUGGCUGUUCCGUUAUUGUGCCUAGAAAUGAUACGUUUGUAUUGAAAGCUGUUGACUGCCAUUCAAAUUACUGGACAAUAUGUGUAAUAUAUGGAGUUACUAGACAAAUGGGAUUCACAGAAACUUAUCAGUUGGCAAUUAGUAGAUGUUCCUCGUUAAAUGGGACAAUACUUAGCAUCUUCGACAAUCUUGAUAAUUUGGAGGAUGGAAGAGAGUACUGGUCUAAUAUAUUUAGAUCCAUGUUUUUGAAAUGGACAACUAAUGAAUCAUUCGAUGAAAUCUGCUAUAAAGUAGAUGGAUUGUUAAAUGUUGAUUGUUUAUAUUUAACAGUGAGGUACAGGGCGGUUAAGUAUAUUCCAUUGCCUUGUAAAUACAACGGUACGGCCAUCUGCAAACCCAAACAACCAGGAGAUCCAGCUGUCAUCAGACAGUGUCAAACUAAAAUGUUUACUGCAGCAAGUACAAAGGAUGAAAUAUCAACAAGAGAAAGAUCUACAUCAAGUACAAAAGAGGAAAUAUCAGCAGAAGAAAGCAAAUUCGCAUCAACGACGAUUUUAGCCUCGUCUAAUGAAAGGACGGACGUAACUGCAUUUUUAGCAUCGAAAAAGUCAACAAUAUUAUUAGCACCAUCAAUGCCGAUCAAAUCAAUAAUAGUUGUAGCAUCAUCAACGCCGAGCAUGUCAACAGAUAGCAAGUCAACGAAUUUUGAUUAUACUAAACUUGUCAAAAGAUCUUCGACAAAGGAACUUCAUUUCAGCGUCACUACUACAUUUAGUAUAGCGGUUCUAGUUAUUCUUGUAGUAUUUGUUUUGGUGUGUCUCCAAGUAUCACUGAUUGGCAUACUCCGUCGUCAUUGGAGAGCAACACAAGAAGGAAAUCAAUAUGAGCUGACUUCACAGUUUACGACUGAACCUAGAAUGUAUGCACAACCAGAAAUACAGCAUUACGAGGUUGUUGAUGAGAUCCCUUCAUAAUUGAACAUUUAAAACCCGUCGGUGCACUAGAUUAUAAGACUCGUACUUUUUUUAAAAUUUUUAUAUCGUAUUAAAAGACAAUUUUAUUGAGUGAAAAAGCUUUUAUAAAUAAUACGACUAUAUCUUUCUAUGUGCCACAACUUAUGCUUAUCUUAUCUUGCUACCUUACUAAAAACCUGUAAGCUA